AUAGUUGAAAAUAAUAAUUUAUUGUUUUAUUUAUACACGUCUGUAAUAAUAUAUAUUUUAACCGUUGAUGUAAAAUUGACGUUGUCGUGACUGUGACCGCUGAUUAUCAUUAUAUUUUUGUAUUUAUGCAGUUGAUAGUACUUAAAUAGCAUAUUUUAUCGUAAACAACAAUUAUAAUAUGUUAUAAUAACACACAUGAUAUAGUACGACACAUUUUCCACUGGAAUUUAAAACGGUAAUGUUAGGUUGUUAUAAGAUUGAAUAAGAGUAAUACCCCUGAUUCUCCUUAGUAACAUUGACGACGACGACGGACAUUUUGACUUUUUGUCUUGUCCCGAAUAAUUAUUUUCAUAAUCCUUUUUCACUGUUGGUUAAUAUUUUUAAUUUAUGAAAAAAGUUGAGUGAUGUAUAUGGUGCGUCGAAUUAGACGUUGAAGUCGAAAUACCUUUCGUUGCCAUUCGGAAUAAAAUAGAUACUACCAUGUCCAUUUGGCAACAAUUUGCUAAAGGAAAAAUUGAAAAAAAAAUUUUGCCAGGAUCUGAUUUACAUAUUUAUUCAAAGCAUAAGUAUAAUUCAGAUUUACCUCAGUCUAGUCAUAGUUAUGUUGACUAUGACGAGCAAGGUAGAAGUUAUGUUAAUACUGGUUUGAGCGAAUAUGACAAAGAAAAUGAAGAAUAUAAUGAAUUAUCAAAAAAAGCUUUACAUGAUUCAAACAUGAGUUCCGUUGAUAGUAUUACUUAUGCAAAUUCAGUGGCUGAUCUAAAAGAUUUAGAUAUAGAUGAAAUUAAGCUUUUUGAACAUUAUAAAUUUAAAGACCCUUCUAAUAAAUCAAAUGAUUUAGAAAUUGCUGAGUCUAAAGAUAAGAUUAUUAAUUCCAUAAAUUCAAACUGUACAGUUCUGAUAUCUGGUGCUACAGGAUGUGGGAAAAGUACCCAAGUUCCUCAGUAUAUUUUAGAUGACUGUAUGAGUAAAAAAAAAUAUUGUAAUAUUAUUGUUACUCAGCCUAGACGUAUAGCUGCAAUCUCAGUAUCUAAACAAGUAAACAAAGAACGUUGCUGGAAAGAUGGGCUCUUGGUCGGUUAUCAAGUUGGGCGUAAAAAAAAUUAUGAUCCUAUCACUACAAAAAUUUUAUAUUGCACUACAGGAAUCUUGUUAUUAAAAAUUAUUAAAGCAAAAAGCCUUUCUGAAUUUUCUCACAUUAUAUUGGAUGAAGUUCAUGAAAGAACACUUGAAAUGGACUUUUUAUUAUUAAUUAUAAAGAAGUUACAAAAGAGCAACUCUCAGUCAACUCGUGUAAUACUAAUGUCUGCUACAGCAGAAACUGAAAAAUUAAGAGAUUAUUUUGGUGAUUAUUAUGGACAUCCUUAUAAUAGACAUCAAGCAGCACCAUUAGUUACAGUUGAUAAGGCAUCCAACUAUACUAUUCAUGUAGCAUAUUUGGAUGAUUUAUAUGGAUUGAUACCUUCUGCCCGAAAAAUGGAGUUUGGUAAAACACAGAUAGACGAAGCCGGUUAUGAGACAGCUGUUCAAUUAGUUAAAGCAUUUGAUGAAAUGAAAGUAGAUAAUGACGACAAAAAAUCUGUAUUGAUAUUCUUACCUGGUAUUUAUGAAAUUGAAGAAAUGCAUAGACGUAUGGAGGAUUUAAUGAUUUCUGAAAAUCAUAAAUGGAUUCUUAUACCAUUACAUUCAUCAAUAACAAGUGAAGAACAAGACAAGGUUUUUAUACAGACCCCAUUAAAUUAUCGUAAAAUUAUUUUGUCCACCAAUAUUGCUGAGAGUUCAAUAACUGUACCUGAUGUUUCUUUUGUGAUUGAUUUUUGCUUAAUGAAACAAUUAAAAAAUGAAAUGAGAUCUAAUUAUUCUAUGUUAAUUAUGACUUGGGCAUCAAAAAGUAAUUGUAAUCAAAGAGCUGGAAGAGUGGGUCGUGUGGCUGAUGGUCGUGUUUAUAGGUUAAUUCCUAAAAGAAUGUAUAAUGAAUUCAAUGACAAUGAAUUGCCUGAAAUGAGUCGUUGUUCUCUCAGUCGUGUUGUAUUAAUGUCUAAAAUAUUAGAUAUGGGAACACCCAAACAACUCCUUGCAAGCGCAUUGGAUGCACCAUGUUUAAAAAAUAUUAUACUCACCAUUCGUACUCUUAAACAGGUGGGAGCACUAUUAUCAACAGUAAAUGGAGUAAUUUCAUCAAUGGAUGGUGAUAUAACAUAUAUGGGAAAAGUAAUGGCACAUUUACCAUUAGAACCGCCAAUGUCAAAAUUAAUUUAUUUUGGAUAUAUCUUUAAUAUUUUAAGUGAAGCUAUGAUAAUGGCAUGUGGUCUAUCAAUAAAAAGUAUAUUUAGUCAGCCUUUUAAUCAACGUUUAGAAGCUUAUACACAAAAGUUAACUUGGGCUAAUUAUUCUUGUAGUGAUCCAAUUGCAUAUAUCGGUGCAUAUCAGAGUUGGCUUGAUAAUAAGCCAGAAUUUGAUCGAAAUCGAAAUUUUGAAAAAACAUGGGCUUUUAAAAACUACAUACAACUAUCAGCGAUACGAGAGUUAUAUGACUUGAUUGAUGAUGUAUCUAACAGAUUGAAUAGAAAUUUUGGUAUAGUUGCGAAUUCUGGUAAAAUGAAAUGGACCAAACCUGAAGAAAAAGCUAUGGCUUGCAAGGUUAUAUUGGCUGGGGCAUUUUAUCCUAAUUACUUCAUACGAGGAACAAAUAAUGCAUAUAUGGAUGAACAUGAAGUACUAAAAACAUUAAAUGAACAUGACCCUUAUCGAACAGUUUAUUUUACUGGAUUUCCAAAUGAUCAACCUAAAGAAUUAUAUAAAGAAGCUAUUGAAUCCCUAUUUCCCCAAAAAAUUGUUGGCAAACCAACAGCACAUUUUAGUACAUCUAAUAAAGUGUAUGUAGAAUUCCCAAUGUCAAAUAUAAAGAACACAGCAUCUAAUAAUAAUCAAUAUGAAGAAAAAGAAAAUCAAUUAGUACCUGGAAAUAUAUGCUAUGGUGUUUAUGUGGCUAUAAAAAUGCGUACAUUAAAGUUUAAUUUCAAUAUACCAUUACUAAAACCUAAUGAUGCAAAAAAAAAAGUAGAGUUGAUAACCCAGCAAAUGGCUGCACAGAAAAUAUUUCAUAAGGAAGUAUUACCAAUUCAACACUGUAUACUUGAAGAAAUUGAAUCUAAUAAUAGAGCUAUUGUUAUUAUGGUAACAUUUUUUGAAUCUGUUGAUCGUUUUUGGGCUCAGAUUAGGGAUGAAAAACAUCAUGAAAUAUUAAUUAAUCUAUGGAACUUUGUUAAUCACAAAAUAAGUCUCUUAAAAAUUAAUCCAGAAAAUUUAGAGAUAGGCAAUAUUUAUAUUGUGAUGCAUAAAAAUGAAAAAUAUAGAGGCAAAUUAAUGGAGAUUCCUCAUGGUCCUAAAAAAAAAUACACAUUUUUAUUGAUUGAUUUUGGAGAAACUGUUCAGUUGUGUGUUGAAAACAUUUUUAAUAUUGAAGGUGAAGAUACAACAAUUAAAGUUUAUAGUUUUCCAAUUCUAGCUUUCCAAUGUAAAAUAGCAAAAAUACGUUCACCUAUGAAUAGACAAUUGAAGGCUUGUUGGUCUGAAGAAACUAAAAACUUUGUCGUUGAAAAACUAUUAAAAAAUGCAAAAGGAAAAAUAUAUUCUAUAGUUGAUGGUGUUGUGUCAUUUGAAGAUCUAACCUUCAUAAAUGAAGAAGAAAGUAUUUCAAUUUCAGAAUACUUAAUUAAAAACAAUUUAGCUACUCGCACUGAAGAGUCUUUUGCUUCAAAGAUAGAUCAUGAAAAACGAAUUAAGCUUAUUGGAUCUAUUAACAAUGAGAUGCAUCAGAAAUCUAAUGUAUGUUUUAACCUGAAAAGUCCUACAGAAGGAGAGUCAUAUGCAAUUCACAAUUUAAAAGGACCUAUAAGUCCACUAGAAAUGUCUGUUAAUGGAAUAAGUCGUAAUAGUACUUCUAAAAUAGUAAAAAUAGAAAGUCAAUCCGUCAAUUCUAUUUUAUUGGAUACUGAUCCAAAUGAUUAUCAUGAGAGAUUGUUUGUUGCUGGAAAUGUAUGUUUAAAUGAAAAUGAUAAGUUAACUCUUUGGGAUACAACUAUGAUGCCAAAUAUUCCUGGGAUGCCGACAAUUAUUUGUUUAAUAUUCUCGCCAUGCGUGGAAAUCAGACACAAUUCUUCUUAUACUAAAAUGAUUGGAGCCAUUUGUGGUUUAGGUUAUCACCCAGAAACUGGUAGGCCAUUGUUUGAAGAGAAUGAUAUUGAAAUUACCUUUGAUACUGUUAUUGAUCUUAAUUUUUUGAACAAGAUUAAUGUUAUUAGAAUGCUGUUGAAUAGAUGUGUUAAUCCAGAAGACGAAGAAGGUCCUGGUGAUAUUUUUCAAAUACAACAUAGCUUACAAAUAUCUUUAAUAGAGAUAUUUAGCCAACCUACAAAGUUCAAAGGGCCAGAACCUUACUCAAGAAAAUAUAUGUGGUCAGAAAUUCGAACAUCAAGAUUGCAAUCACCAUAUCAAGAAAAUAGCCCCGUUAAUCACCCGAUGGCUGGUUCUGAUGUUUAUAAGUUACUGUGGGGCACUAUUUUAUCACAAAAGAUGUCUGCUACUGAGUGUAAAGACUUGAUGUUUAAACUAAGCAAAAUCAAAAGAUUAGAAGAAUGCUUAAAUUUCAACAAUUAUACCAGCGAACGGUGUUUAGAAGAACUUCGUUGCCCAUUAUGUAAUUUGGUAUUUACUAACACUUCAUCUGUUCUAAUGCAUUUCGACAAUUACCAGCAUAUUGAACGUUAUAAACUUGCUAAAGAAGAAUUACAAUUGCACUAUACAGGACCAUUUCGAGAUAUUAAAAACUUAUAAACUGAUUAAUUUCAAUACUAUUUUUAUAAUGUAUAAUACAAUUUAAGCUCAAACUUUGAUUAUUAAGAAUUUAAGAAUAUGAAUACAUAUCAAUUUCCUAAACUAGUUUUAGCAAGUUAAAAACAGUUAUAACUAGUAU